GAGUAAUACUAGUAUUAUUUAUGUAUAGCUUAACUUUAUGCAAAACUUUAUUGGAUAAGAAAUAUGGCAAAAACAGAGCUAAGUUAUUUGCUUUUACUUCUUCUUGUAGCAGAGCUUAGUUCACAGCCUGCGGUAGCUGGUUCACCUGUGAAGUUUCUUCCUGGAUUUCAAGGAACGCUUCCUUUUAAACUGGAAACUGGGUAUAUUGGAGUAGGUGAUUCAGAAGAUGUGCAACUAUUCUACUAUUUUAUUAAGUCGGAGUCUAAUCCAGAAUCAGACCCUAUUCUACUUUGGAUAACAGGAGGGCCUGGCUGCUCUGCUUUAUCAGGGCUUAUCUAUGAGAUAGGUAUGCCAUACGAAUUUAAGUUCUAUUGACGAAUAGUUUAAAAAAUCUUUUACUUCACUUUUACGGUGAUUAUGGCUAAAUUUAUGUGAUAAACGCAUUGUAAUUGGUAAGUUAGUAAAAGUGAUAACUUCACUGCCAUGGCGGUUAAAGUUCAGCUUAUUGUGACCGGUGGCAGAGCCAGAAUUUUCAUUAAAUGGGACAAAAUAUAAAAAUACUCCCCAAGAAGUCAAAAUAUAUAUUAUUUUUGUUUUUAAAUUGCCA